AAGGCGGCUUUGGGCUCAGUCACAGCUCUAGCCACUCCCACACGGCGGCUGUGGGCUCAGUCACUGCUGUAGUCGCCCCCUGGCGGGAAUGAAAAGUCGGUGUAACGCAGUUGCAGUAGCUCACUUUGAUAUCUGUUUUACCUCAGCUCGCACUUUGUACUUCUGUAUGAGAACAAAAAAAAAAGGAAAAAAUAAAAAAAAAAGGCGUAACUUUCACGUUGGUUUUUGGCCAUGCCCUCUGCUAUCUCAGCUCCCAAUUUCCUUAGUAGUCUAAUCAGUCUAGUCUAGUUGUAAUUUGAAAUUUUUAUUGAUUUUUCUAGAUACUACAAGUAAAAAAGAAAAGAGGAGAAGUGAAGGAGAGCAGGAGCUGCUGAAUAUCUGUAUCAGCUUAAAGAAGGAGUUGAUCGGCGACCCUUUUCUCCAGAGGGAUAACCCAAAUCCCCAGCAUGGGCAGUGAGAUUCCAUAGCCAUGGAUGAGAAGGUUUCCUGGCUGCAGAAUCAGUAUGACAAGUACUUAGCCGCCCUAACCAGAUCACAAUUUGACAAGGCUACGUCAGGUCGCAGUUCUACUGAAAUCUACAUCGGCCUGAGUAUUAAGCAGGAGGAGGAUGAGCAGGAAAAUGUCCAACUUCCAGAGGAGGUGGCAUCUCCACGGUCUCCGUCAUCCAUCCUAAAAUAUUUCAUUCAUCUAGCAAAGAAUGUCGAUGAACAGAUUGACCUACGUUUAAUUGAACGGAUGAUCAACGAAGGAGCAGAUAUCAAUGAACCUGACAGAUAUGGGCAAAUAGUAUUACAUCAGGUUGCUAAAAGCUGGCAGGUUGACGCUGCCCGGUUUUUAAUAGAGAGACAGGCCAAUGUGAACAAGGCCGAUGAUUUUGGUGUUACGCCAUUGCAUGUGGCUGCUGCUGUGGAUUACGCAGAUAUGGUGACUUUCCUAAUAGAACAGGGAGCCAAUAUCAACGCACUCACAAAGGGGAAGCAAACGCCAUUACAUUACGCAGCAAAACACGACGCAGUCAAUACAGUGAAGGUCCUUAUUAGGUACAAUGCAGAGGCUUAUACUCGGGACCACAAGCAAAGGACCCCCCUGCAACUGGCCGCUGAACUAGAUCGCAGUGAGGCUGCUCGGCUGCUGAUAAACCUUAAAAGUGAUGCGGGUGUUCAGGACAAUACAGGGCAGUCUUGUAUGACCCUUUUGGUGAUGAAUAUGCCACCCGUGGCCCUUCUUGCCCUGGAUCAGUUCUACAUUAAAGAUCGAGCCAACAGAAGGCAGCAUUUCUACCUGAAUUUGGUGCAACCGCGAACCGCAGACUUCCAGGGAUCACAAGCCAAAUCUCCACUGGAAAUGAUUGUUCAGAACCGUCAGCUAGACAUCAUCAUGCACCCUGUUAUCCAGAAACUCAUUGAAGUCAAAUGGAAGUUAUUUGGCAGAAAGUAUGUUGCCUUAAUGCUGACAUUAAACCUCAUUUUGAUCCUGUCUUGGACGGCCCUGGGAAUCGCAUCCUCGCUGCCAAGAACAGAGGAAGUCCCAUACAAGUUUCCAGAAGACUGUUGGAGAAUUGUCCUGAUUAUUAUAGCGCUGGGACUCACUCUCUAUCAGAUCUUAGAAGAAUUUAAGGAGAUUUAUCAAGCCAAGAAAAGAAUGAAACGUUGGAAAGAAUGGCGGAAGAAAGAGCUUGAAAAAGACCUGAAAUAUUGCCAUCCGAUGUGGCCAGAGGAAAAGGAAUACCUGCAGAAAGGAAUAGAAGACCUACAUAAAGUGAAUUCCGGUUACUUCAGAGAUUUCUGGAAUAUAUUUGACUGGAUAGUGUAUUUUCUGCUCCUGGCAGUGUCCGUGACCCAUAUCGCUGACGUCACCAUUCAGAACAAUACCGCCAUACACACGAACCAUGUGCGGAUAUUCGCCGUGACCAUCAUUUUCCUCUGGCUCCGCCUAAUGAAACACGCAAGAGCUAUCCGGCUCCUGGGUCCUUUCAUUGUCAUGCUGGAAAAAAUUAUGGUAGACGUGGUCAAAUUCCUGUUUUUAUAUGGAGAAUUUUAUAUUCCUUAUGCCUGUGCGUUCUGGAUCAUAUUCGGAGGGAAAGUAGCCAACAUGGCGAGUGUUGACCAGAUGCUGUUUGUCAUAUUUCGGAUCACACUAGUCGAUGACUACGGCUUUAGCGACAUGUAUAAUACUGAUGCAGUCAUGGCUUAUAUACUCUGUGGGACCUUCCUGGGCAUUUCCUCCAUCCUGUGCAUUAACUUGCUGAUAGCGCUGCUCGCCGACACGUUUCAGAGGGUGUACGAUAAUGCCACUGCCAACGCGGCAAUGCAGCAGGCAAGCACGUUGCUGCAAAUAGAGGAUGGUCUUGGCAAGAAGCAGAGAUCCAAGUACAAUAAACAUUUCCAGGACGACUGUAGCCCUCUCACGCUUUUCUAUGAUGAUGAUCUCACUGUCAACCAAGAGGACGAACUGAAAAAAGUCACCAUACAGAUCAAGGAAGAGAUAGAUGAACUAAUCGAAAUGGUGAGAAAGAAUAAAGUUAGGCAACAGCUGGCCGACAUGCCAGACAGGAAAGCUCACGUUGGAGAGCCAAAGCCAAGUCCAAAGAAGACCAACCACAAAACUGUUGCAAGGACAGAGGCUCAGCAGCUGAAGAUACUCACAAUGUUACCGAUGCUAAUUGCGAGUCAGGAGGAACAGCGAGAGACCCUGAUACAGAUCACUAACAAGCUACUGGCUCUUGAGAAAUUCAUCUUGGAGUCUGACAAAUCCCCAGUUUCAGUGCCUGAGGCGGACUUGGAGAAAAUAUCAGUACAAUCCCUUGAGCACAUCCAAGAAAUGCUUCCCUCUACAAUGAGCAAACAUGGACCUUUGUCUGCAGAUCUCCGGUCUCAUGUGACAGUGGAUAUUAUUGGCCGGACCAGGCAAUUCAAUGCAUGAUGCAACCUGUGCCACGUGCCUGCCAAGUAAUAAAUACGGAUAUAAAUGUGCAGGGUAUACGCCUAAUGGGGAGGAGCCGUCUCACAGUGAAAUCGGGAUUGGAACGUCCCACCUUGGCCUCAGGGUUCUAAAUAGCUACUAUAAAAUAAACAUUUUUUUCUAUAA